GGCCACCUCCAAAGCGCUUAAGGUCGUGUGGGGACAGGCUGGGGCCACCAGCCAUCUCCAUGGACCUUGUCCAUGCCCCCCUUCCAGCUUUGGAAAGACACGAAGAGAGGUCUGCAUUGAUUUACACUUGGGGGGGUCCUUCCCCUCCUAAACUGUCCAGGGUAAGGAGCUUGGAUUGACUGGAGAAGAAUAGAAGGAGCCCAGAACAAUAUACCCCCAAGAUGUUCCAGCUGUGACUUUUUCCCAGCCUCUUGAUGGGACCACUUGAAAGACCAUCCACCAGCUGGGUGCAGCAGGAAGCUGAAAUGUCCUUCGGUCCACAGCUGGAUGAGAGGAGUGGAGGGUGGAGGCCUGGGAAUGAGAGCGCUGCCCCUCCACCUCUGCCACCUCUUCCCCUCUCUCCAGCUCUGUCCUUCCUCUUCUUCCUGCCACUGGCCAGUGCCCUCCAGACCAGUCUACUGCCCUUUCCAGAGCUGAGGCUGGUGGGGGGCCCGAGCCGCUGUCGGGGGCGCCUGGAGGUCCUGCAUGGAGGUUCUUGGGGCAGCGUCUGCGACGACGAUUGGGAUGUGGUGGAUGCCAAUGUGGUGUGCCGUCAGCUGGGCUGUGGCCUGGCACUGCCCGUGCCUCGCCCCCUCGCCUUCGGCCAGGGCCGGGGCCCCAUCCUUCUGGACAACGUGGAGUGCCGCGGGCAGGAAGCUGCGCUGAGCGAGUGUGGCAGCCGAGGCUGGGGCAUCCACAAUUGUUUCCACUAUGAAGACGUGGCCGUCCUGUGCGAUGAAUUCUUGUCCACCCAGCCGCCAAUGAGGAAGGCAUUAACCAGUAGCACGCCCACUACAGCUCCUCAGAACGGGAAAGGGGAGGGCAGCGUUCGCCUAGUGGGGGGCGCCGGCCCAUGCCAGGGAAGAGUGGAGAUCCUGCACGGCGGCCUGUGGGGCACCGUGUGUGAUGACGACUGGGGACUGCCGGAUGCCGCCGUGGUCUGCCGCCAGCUGGGCUGCGGGGCGGCCUUGGCUGCCACCACCAACGCCUUCUUCGGCUACGGCACGGGGCACAUCCUGCUGGACAACGUGCACUGUGAGGGUGGUGAGCCCCGCCUGGCUGCCUGCCUGAGCCUGGGCUGGGGCGUGCACAACUGUGGCCACCACGAGGAUGCAGGCGCGCUCUGUGCAGUCCUGGGCCCUCCAACUCUCACAGCACUGUCACCCUCAGCCACAAGAGAGGACUGGGCCUGGCACACAGCGCCAGCAGCUACCCGUGUUGGUGCCCAGCCUUCAGGGGAAACCGCACUGCUGACCACAGCCACCUGGGCCUCGGGGAAAAAAAGCGGGCGGCUGCGGCUGGUGGGCGGCCCAGGCCCGUGCCGCGGCCGCGUGGAGGUGCUGUACGCCGGGGCCUGGGGCACCGUGUGCGACGAUGACUGGGACUUCUUGGAUGCGCGGGUGGCCUGCCGCGAGGCGGGCUGCGGGCCCGCGCUGGGCGCCACUGGCCUCGGUCACUUCGGCUAUGGCCGUGGUCCAGUGCUGCUGGACAACGUGGGCUGCACGGGCACCGAGGCCCGCCUGAGCGACUGCUUCCACCUGGGCUGGGGCCAGCACAACUGCGGUCACCACGAGGACGCGGGGGCGCUCUGCGCAGGUCCAGAGGACCUGGGACUGCAAGCCCAACAGGAUGGCUCUGAGACCACCCGGGUGCCCACUCCUCGGCCUAGGGACGGACAUCUGCGUCUGGCCGGUGGCACCCACCGAUGCGAGGGGCGUGUAGAGCUCUUUCUAGGGCAGCGGUGGGGUACUGUCUGUGAUGAUGCUUGGGACCUACGGGCAGCCAGUGUCCUGUGCCGCCAGCUGGGCUGUGGCCAGGCCCUGGCAGCCCUGGGUGAGGCACACUUUGGGCCAGGCCGAGGCCCCAUCCUCCUGGACAAUGUCAAGUGCCGCGGAGAUGAGAGCACCCUGCUUCUGUGUUCUCACAUCCGUUGGGAUGUCCACAAUUGUGACCACAGCGAGGACGCCAGCGUCCUGUGCCAGCCAUCAUGACCCCAUCAACUCUGGAGUCCGCCUCUCUUCAGGGAGCCUGCUCCUCCUCCAGGAAGCCCCCUGUGACUUCUCCCCUUCACUUUGCCCAUCCCUUCCCAUGUCUGGAAGACAGGCUGUACCCCUAUCCGUGUAUUGACUAUUUUCAGCCCAAUGCAACGAAAGUGCUCAUGUAAUUCUCAGCUCAAACAAA